CUCAGCGGGGCAGCAACAAUCGUCCCGCGCACAGACGCCAGCAUCAGAAAUUCGCGGAGCUCCCACGCAGCUCUCUCCCACAACCUCCAGCGCGCGCGCAACCGCACGCCGCCCCAACAUCACAAUGUUCGACACAGUAUGCAACCUCCCGCUGUCCUCGGACCUCUUCGCGCAAGCCGUGCACCCGCACGCUCCCCUCGUCGCCGUCGGCCUCUCGGCCGGGCACGUCCAGGCCUUCCGCCUGCCGGACGAGGAAGCCGCAGACGGCCCUGCUGAGCACGGCUUCGGCCAGAUCGAAACGGCGUGGCGCACUCGCCGCCAUAAGGGCAGUUGUCGCGCGCUGGGCUUUGGUACCGAUGGCGAGGUGCUUUAUUCGGCGGGGACGGAUGGGCUGGUCAAGGCGGCGAGUGCGGAGACGGGGGUUGUGGUUGCGAAGAUGGCCGUGCCGAGUUCGGGCGCGCGCAGCGACGAAAUCGACGCGCCCUCGCUCCUGCACGUCCUCUCGCCGCAGACGCUCCUCCUCGCGACCGACUCCUCGGCCCUACACCUCGUCGACCUACGCGUCGACAACGCGCCGCGCGGGGGUUUCGCGUCGCGCGCGCCGCAGCAGACGCACCACCCGCACGAUGACUACAUCUCGUCGCUGACGGCGCUGCCGGCGUCGGCGGCCAGCACGUCGGGCUUCAGCAAGCAGUGGGUGACGACGGGGGGCUCGACACUGGCGGUGACGGACCUGCGGCGGGGCGUGCUCGUGCGCAGCGAGGACCAGGAAGAAGAGCUGCUGAGCAGUGCGUUUGUCGGCGGACUCGGCAAGCGCGGCACCAGCCAGGGCGAGAAAGUGCUGGUCGGGGGCGGCGGCGGGGUGCUCACGCUGUGGGAGCGCGGCGUGUGGGACGACCAAGACGAGCGCAUCACGGUGGACCGCGGCGCGGGCGCAGGCACCGGCACAGGCGAGUCCCUCGACGUCAUCACCGUGCUGCCGGACGGCGUGGGCCCCGCGGGCAAAGUCGUGGCUGUCGGCCUCGGCAACGGCCUCGUCCGCUUCGUCCGCGUGGGCGCCAACAAGGUCGUCGGCGAGAUCAGCCACGACGAGACGGGCGAGAGCGUCGCGGCUGUCGGCUUCGAUGUCGCGGGCCGCUUGAUCACGGGCGGUGGCCAGACACUCAAGAUCUGGCAUGAGGGCGCCGGCGGCGUGUCUACGGAUGCGGAGGCUGGCGCGGACGCUAAGCGCGGCUUGGAUAGUGAUGGGGAUAGUGAGGAUGAAGACGGCAGUGACAGGGAUAGCGACGAGGAUAGCGAUGAUGAGGGUGGCAGGAAGCGCAGGAAGAAGAGGAAGCGCGGCAAGGGCAAGGAUCGUAGUGGUGGGCAGCAUGUCAUGAAGUUCAAGGGGCUGGAUUAAGUGGUGGUGGGGUGGUGGGGUGGGUGGGUUAUUGUGGGAGAGAAGAGCGCAGUCGAGUGCGUCUCAGCAUGCAUGCA